AAUUCAUUUUUUAUUUUUUUUAGCUCNNNNAUUAUGUUUUUUUUCCUAAUCUCCGAAAGAAAAUUGAAUAAGAAUCGAGAUAAAAUGGCUGUUUACAAGCAGAAGAAGAAUCGGGCCGUUAAGGCCAACCGGUUUCUUAUUAGCGUCACCGUUGUGGGUAGCGCGGGCCCGAUUCGGUUCGUGGUAAACGAGGAUGAGCCCGUUUCUGCUGUGAUUGACCACGCAUUGAAAGCGUAUGCGCGUGAAGGAAGGCUUCCUCUUCUCGGAUCUGACUUCAAUAACUUUAUGCUCUACAGCCCCAUUUCUGGAACUGAAGCUUUGCUUCCAUGGGAGACGAUCGGGUCAUUUGGUGUUAGAAAUUUCUUCCUGUGCAAGAAGCCACAAACAGAGACUGUUAUUGCCAUUUAUGAUGAUAAAGCAUCUCAAGUGAGCAAGAAGGGGGGAGGAAGUUGGAAAUCAUGGUUCCAUAAAUCUCUCAACCUUAAGAUAUCUCUUCAAUGAAAUGAAAUUCAGGUUCAGCUGAGGAUAGGAUUCCUUUUGGAAGUCUCAUAUAAUAGUUUUGCUUCAUUCAAUGUGACCUUCAUAUUGUUUCUCACAUCAAUAAAAACAAUUUGUUUCGUACGGUGGUUUUUGUUGAAGCGGUUGCAUGUAGAUCUCGUCUAUUUCGGCUGAAAAGUUGUUUUUUAUUUGUUUUAACGAGAUAAUUAGAAAGUUGUAUGCCAAACUCGAAAGUUUGGAUACAUUCCCUUGAAUCUACGGAGAGCCUCCCAACUAAGAGCUUGUUUGGAAACACUUUUCAAAUGAAUUUUUG